CGCACCAAACAACCCGACGACGCCUACGCCCACGCCCACGACCAAGCCCACUCGUUGACUCGCCCAUACGCCCACACGCCCACACGCCCAAACGCUCACCUGAGAGGCACCCUGCUGCUGCGCUGUCUUUUGCUUGGCUCGGUUCGCUCGAUGAGGGCGCCUGCCUUCGAGCCUCCCUGAGACGUCCCACGCAACAUGGCUUCCUCCCCACUCUCCAUGCCGGGCACGCCCAGAACACUGUCGCCGACUUUGGACGAGGACCUGGCCCUCUCGCGCUCGCCCUCACCCUCGCCCUCGCACGACGACGCGCACACGGCUGCGACACACGACAUGGAGGAGGCUGGGGUCAGGUGGGGGAGCGAUCGGCCGGGCGCAUCUGAGCCGCGUGCGGGCAGCAGCCAGGAGCCCAAAGGGAAAGAGAAGGCGGGCAAGGGGCCGCUGCGCCUGCUGGACCUGCCCGUGGACGUGCUCAAGGAGAUCAUACACCAGCUUCCUCACACAAACGACCUCACGUCGCUCUCUCUCUGCCACUCGGCCCUCCACCGCCUCACCAUACCGUGCAUAUACUCGCGCUUCGACAUCGUGUGGCCCGACGAGAGCUCGCACACGGAGCCUCGCUCGGGCGUGGAUGCCCUCACCUACGGCCUGGCGACGCUGGUCAUGGGAGACGACUGCUUCCCCCACCAGAACCGCCGGAGACACCAGUCAAGCUCGACGGACGCGCCGAGAAGUGCCGCCGCGACGCCGUAUCCCAUCGCGCCGCGCCGAUUCGGCAACUACUACGGCCAGUUUACCAAGAAGUUCUCCCUGGGGAACGGGCCGCAGGCAUGGGUGCAGGAGUACAUGAUCACAAAGGAGGGCGGGAAGAUGCUGGGCACUUUGGUGGCGCUUGCCAUUGCUCGCAUGAUCAACCUCGAGACGUUCGUGUGGGACAUGCCUACGGGAGUGCUGCGCGACGUCUGGCUUGCCUUGUCGAGCCUGGCUGAUCGCAGCGAUAACGAGGAGAGCCGUUUGGAGCGCCUCUGGAUCCGCUGGCAUGACAACACAAUCGACGCGCCGGUGCCCCCGCCCGCACCGCCAAUGCUACUCAACAACGUAAACGUACCUCCGCCUCCGAACGCGAUGCAUCCAAGUGGCCUGGGCACAGUACAGGCUCCUGUCGUCGUUUCUCAGUCAUUCCCACUGAGCAGUCUCUCAGCAUUAGAUCGUGUCGAACACCCCACGUUCUCGGCCAUACCACCACUCAAGAGUCUGAGCGUCCUGGACAUUGACGAAUUGCCAUAUCUCGACGAGAUGAGCAUUUUGAUUGCAAGGUCUCAGAAGAAACUGCGAGAGCUGCGUGUCGGCGUGGCUGCCCAUGCUCAGCAACGAGACUGGGUGACCGUUUGGGAAGGGGAUGGCCUACAGCAAGUCGACUACAGCACUACCUCGACUAUGGCGAGCUCAAUACCGGACAAGAGGCUUGGGGGCGUGCUAGGAAUUCUAGUCGGUCGCAUACAUAACAUGCGCCACUCCGAAGAGGCACACGCGCAUAAGUCUAAACACAAUGGAGCUAUGGAUCGAGCAACGGACACGACACCCCUUAAAACAGCAACACCAAAUCCUCUACCUUCUAUAGCUGCGCUUUCGAUGCAAGAUCGGGACACGGAACAGGACGUCGAUCAUUUUGGAAACCCGAUGGAAGAAACCACUGUACCUGAAGGAGUCAGCCUGUUCAACGACCAAGUCACGCCACCUGCAAAUGAUUCGGCCAAGACACCUCCAAGGCUACGUGCCGCGUCUACACCUCAUGGCGGUCCUUCUGGCGCUCAUGAGGACGCUCAGGAACGCACAGAGCCAUUGUUGACCGGCAAGCUGAGACUCGAAGUCCUGGAGCUUGAACGUGUACAGCUCUCAGUCCCUGUGCUACGCAGAGCAUUCGACUGGUCCAUACUAUCGACGUUGACUUUGUUGCAUUGCAGCAAUCAUGAACAGCUCUGGAAGGUGCUUCGACGAACGUAUACCCCUCAUUCAGCGUACUCCGGCACGUCUUCAUCAAAAGCAUACAAAGCGUCGUAUACCCUCCGAUCAGAGUAUCAAUUAAAUUUGAAGCGAAUACACACUAACACUGUUUCACCUUCUCUGAUUUCUUUCCUGAAGGAGACACUCGCGCCCAACAGCCUGGAGGUGCUUUUCCUCCAGGAAGGUCGGUCAUAUUCGUCUACGGUGACAGUAGAUGCGAUAUACAGAGGACCAAUGCGGAGACAUCGCGCAAGUCUAAGAAAACUCAUGAUAGACAGUAGUGAGAAGGGGCCAGAUGGGCAUACGACUAACAGUUCGCGGUGGAGACGAUGGAUGAUGAAUCGCGAGAUUUUGACAUUCAUUACAAGUGGACGGAUGAGUGCCUUGCGAGAACUUGCCGUGUCGAUCGACUACAAGGACUGGCACCACUUCCUUCAACGUCUUCCUCUAAUUCCGCAUAUCCGGUCCCUCUACAUACCCUUUAUCGCCGAUCACGCCCACGGCAACAACAUCGACCCCCGCGAGCUCGCCUACCAAAUCCUAGACAUUGUGCACCUACGGCCUGAAAUCGAGCUUUGCUAUAUGGGUCUGUCGACAAAAUGCUUUGAGAUUCUCGAAAACAGACCCUCCAACUACGAUCUCCGCCCAGAAGGCCCAGUCGAAGGCACAGCGUCUACAUAUGAUGCACAGAUUACGAUUCUAUCUGAUGAUGAGAGUGAAGCUACAGAGGACGAGGACGAGGAUGAUAUGGACGACUCUGGAGGGCAGGGGGAUGAAACAGAGAGCGAAGAGGAGGAUGGAGAUGGUGAGAGCGAGGAAGAGGAAUUUGAAGGAGAGGGAGGUCCGAAACUGAGGGUUCGGGAGAUUUUGUUUUAUGAGGAGAGGGUCGAGGCUUUUCGACGGAGACAUGGGGUUUUGAGACCUUGAGGUAUGUAUGGGUGAUGAAGGGGUAGCUCAGUUCUGAGGGGGCUAGGUGUAUGUGUUUUUUUCUUAUGCAUUUUUCGGACAUCAUGAUGGGUUGGGUGGGGUGCUUAAGGCGUUUUGAGGCGAUAUUCGAAAUGCCCUUGGGGUUUGUGCUUUCUUUCCUCUACUUUUGACGGGCUUCGGGCGAUGGUUAUGGUUAUGGCGACUUCGGAGUGUGAGGUCCGGGAGUGUGCAGUGGGAUUGGGUUCUGGGGAUCCUUAUGUAGUUUUAGAUCAGGAAAGUCCUGCUCGCUCUGGGCGUGGGUUCCUGCAUGCAUUGGUUAUUGUACCAUUAUGCAUGUUUCUCAAGCUGGUGGCUUUUCCCUGAGACCCAGAGCAAUCUAAAUCAAACG